AUGCAUACGCCUUCAGACAACACACCACAGCUGCAUAUUGUCAUCGCGCACAGCAGAGAAGGGCCACGUACCAUGAACACAUGGCUAAGUCAACUGAGAACGAUGCCCAACAUCUGGAAGCUGGGCACGAAAACAACAGUAUACACCAAGAGUAAGCUCGACGAAACGAACAAAUUCAUGAGCAUAUCCAAGUGCGACGAGCUUCAUCACUUGCGUAACCGUGGCAGAGAGGGCGGCACCUUUUUGCACCACAUUGUAAAAAAUUAUGACAACCUCGCCCGGUUUACCAUGUUCAUCCACGAGCACCCCGUCGGACUCAACGAAGCGACAGGCCUGUUCGACGAAGCGCACUAUGAUGCUCUUCGCUACCAAUUGAAGAACAGCACUGGUUUCAUCAACCACGGAUUGAAUGAGCCAGGAAUUGGAUGGUGCAAUUGCGGCGACUGCGAAGGCCCGGAAACCCAUCAAUUCCCCUUGGUGCCACAAAUUAUGGCUCUCUACACGGAUAAGGUGUGCCAAGGCAAGCAACGCGUCGCCAUGUACAACCAGUUCGUCGUGUCGCGAGAUCGAAUACAAGCAAGACCGAAAAGGAUCUACGAAUACUUGCUCGAACUCGUCGUUGCCCCCAAGCACCACUGGAUCCAUGGAGAGAAAGAGCCCUGGCAAGUAUUAGGGUGGAUGGAUGGCAGUAGUCCUGAGCAUCCACUCUUUCUGUACACGCUUGAGAGGUUGUGGAGUGGGCUGUUCGGAUGUGAUGAAGAUCCUUGGGCUGAAGGUUGCGUGAUGUUCUCGGAUAAAGAUCAACCAGCGAAGGCAAUUACGCCAUCUGUUGGGGAACCGGAGUCCGACACAGAUGGGAUUGCGGAAAUAUGA